CAGCGCCGGCCGACUCCUCCCCUCCUUGAAUCCUGACCACUAUUGCCAUUGCCAUUGCCAUUUGCCAUUUGCUAUUACCCAUUACUAUUACCACUUACCAUUACCGCUGUCAUUAACAACCACCACACUACCACUUUACAGUCCUUACAAUCCGAAAAACCUUCAACCACCCAAACCCGUCCAAACAUACACAUACGCACAUACGCACACUACAUAUACACACACGCAUACUUGCGUCGACGCGCGCUUUCAAAACACGUUCGCAAUAAAGACACCUACCCACCCAGUCGUCUCUGUUCGGAAGAAAAAAAAUACCCUCCUAAUCACAAUAUUAGAAGGGUCAAAUAGAAUACCACAGGCAACCCUUCAGCAACCCUUCAGAGAAAAAAACACGCGACUAUCACUGUUUGAACUACUGCGUUUCCAUUUUCCUUCCAUCCCUCUCUUCGCCUCCUUUGCUUAUUCAGGCAUCCCCCCACCCUCCCAUCCUCAUUUUUUGUCCUAGACUUCGACUUCAACUUCGAUUUUGAUUUCAAUUUCGGCCCCGACUUUCGACUUGGACCUAUAAUCGCUCAGUUGACUUCUGACAUCGAACCGCCGGCUUCCUAUUUCAUGCUAUCACAACAAGCUUAUUGACAUACAUGAUUUCCAGUGUAUAGAAAUAGUAUGAGGAUACAGGCACCAUCCGCAGACGAAAGGAUGGAGUCUGGAAGGCCUCGAUCCAGUCAGACGACAGUUUCGGUCAAUUUUGACGAUGCCGACUCUCUCUCGCAUCCACAACUCAAAUUUGGUGUUGCCGAGUGCAUCGAGACCAAGACGGUCACCACGACUACUACUACUAAGAGAUCAUAUCCACCUCUUCUUGUGAGAGAGUCGAAGCCGCUCUCCUCCCUCGACUCCAAAGAAUAUCCUCUAGCUCAGAAAUCCACCCCUCCUGAGUUAGCUAACUUCAGCUUUAACGUUGCUCACUAUGGCGGCAUAUCUUGGCCUGUUGAUGAUGUUGAUGUUGAAUAUCAGCAAGAUUCCCAACAGUCUACUAGUGAUGGAUCCGUUGAGGUUAUCAAGGCGGAGCCGGAAUUAGAUGCUGCCCACCACCAAAUUAGUCGCCGCUCAUCGAAACCUUAUCUACCUACAUCGUCCCGUAGAGCCCACCGGGUGAAUUCUCGAGCUGCCUCCCCUGUUGUUGGCGGAUCUGUCCGGAAAAGUUCGCAGAAACAGUCAACACGAUCAUUCGUACCGAGCCUCCCUAACGCCGUGUCAGAUAAGCUACGCCGCUCGCUAACUAAUGGCUCCCGUAAGGACGUUAUCAAGAACAACACGACAAGAUUAACUGGCAGUUUCCCUGUUACUCCCGACACAUCUGAGCCGACUCCAGUCAACGUGAAUCGAUCCCUCAAACUUCGAAGUACACAUCUCGAUUCUUUCGAAACCCCGGAAUCAAAUAAUGCCAGUCAAUCCCAGUCCUUUUUUGAUGUGUCGAGCCCCUCAGGCAGCGACUCGCACACUGUAUUUAGUAGCAAUGUGGCUACGCCACCUAUCACCGAUGCAGAUGCGGAGGCUGAACCUUUUGGUGAUGUGGACGCGGAUGAAUCACUCCAGCAAUCUAUUCGUGCCUUGCACCACCCAAGACCUAUCAAUACUCUCGCUGCUCAAGAUGCAAGCUUGCCCAGCCCGCGCCUGUCUCCGACCCUUCAGGCUUCCAAAUUCCGUGGGCUCGAUCAAGACGAUGGAGACAACGCGGCUGACGAAGAUGUUUCCAUCAUUUUCCAAGAAGAGAGUCAGAAUUCGAUGGAUUAUGAGUCUGGCCCGUCUUCUACUACGGAACCUUCGUCUCUUGUUGUCAGACGAUUUGAAGAUCCUUCGCAAUCCCAACCUACAAUCAUGGACACCCGCUCUAUGUUGGAAACUUUCGACUCGAUGCCUGCCGAGAUGAAGUCAUUCAUGAUGUAUCAGUUUCUCCGCAGAUGUUCCAGAAAAACCCUUCACAUUGUUGCUGAUGUGGUCAACCCAGCCCUUAAAUGUGACGUCUUGAAGGACCUGCCCAUUGAGCUGACCUUACAUAUCCUUUCUUACCUAGACCACCGUGACCUUUGCCGCGCGGCUCAGGUUUCGAAACACUGGCGAGGAAUUAUUGAUAGCAAUGAGACGGGUUGGAAAGAGCUCUUCGACUACGACGGCUUUACCCUAGCCCCCGGAGAGCUCGAUAGAGCUAUUAGAGAAGGUUGGGGUUGGCAAGACCCGGUGGGACCCGAAGGUUGCGAGCGUGACUAUAGCACCCAAGCUAGACUUACUUCUACUGAGACCGAACUGAUACGCUCCUCGAAGCCUGACCCGCCACAGAAACUACGGACAUCCAAGCGUAAGAGGGCUCUAAACAGCCUCAGUAGCUCUGAGCGGUCGAAACGGAGAGCAAGCGCGCAAGAGAUGAGCAAGGAUGAGAAAACAUAUACAGGAGAACGGGUGCACAAGUCCGAGGGUCCUAUGUCUGCUGCAAACGCCGCAGCUGUAGCGGUUCCCGAUCCGCAUAUCGGCCUUCCGAGCCUCAGGAAGCUUCACUUAUUCAAAUCGCUCUAUCGUCGCCACUACAUGAUUCGCAAGAGUUGGACGAGCGGCAAAGUCAAGCCUAGCCAUGUCGCUUUCGCGGCUCACCCCCGACACGUAAUUACAUGUCUACAGUUCGACGAGGACAAGAUUAUCACUGGGAGCGACGACAUGCUUAUCCAUGUUUACGACACUAAGACGGGCAAACUCCGCCGUCGUUUAGAAGGCCAUGAAGGUGGAGUGUGGGCACUUCAGUACGAAGGCAACGUCCUGGUGUCUGGUUCAACGGACCGUUCCGUUCGUGUGUGGGAUAUCGAGAAAGGUCUCUGCACUCAGGUUUUUUACGGUCAUACUAGUACUGUCCGAUGCCUACAAAUCCUAAUGCCGACAGAUACCGGCAGGGUGGAGAAUGGACAGGCGAUCAUGAUGCCGCCGAAGCCUCUAAUCAUUACCGGAUCCCGUGAUAGCCAGCUACGAGUUUGGCGUCUUCCCGAGUCCGGCUCCAGGAGAUAUAUCCAGACCGGACCUCCAGCCAAUGACGCCGAUUGUCCUUACUUCAUUCGCACACUGCAGGGUCACACCCACUCGGUCCGAGCGAUCGCCGCCCAUGCCGAUACGCUCGUCAGUGGGAGUUACGAUAAUACCGUCCGCGUAUGGCGUAUUAGCACAGGGGAAACAGUUCAUGUACUGCAAGGGCAUUCGCAAAAGGUGUACAGUGUGGUGCUAGACGUAGCCCGUAACAGGUGUAUAUCGGGUAGUAUGGAUAGCUUCGUGAAGAUUUGGGACCUAGAAACCGGGUCAUGCUUACACACGCUCGAAGGGCACUCGUUGCUUGUUGGGUUGCUUGAUCUUCGUGACGAGCGACUGGUUUCGGCGGCAGCGGACAGUACUCUCCGUAUCUGGGACCCGGAGAGUGGGCGAUGCCAGUCGACACUGACGGCCCAUACCGGCGCGAUUACCUGCUUCCAACACGACGGACGCAAAGUUAUUAGUGGCAGCGACCGGAACCUGAAGAUGUGGGAUAUCCGCUCAGGCGAAUGCAUCCAAGACCUUCUCACAGACCUUAGUGGAGUCUGGCAGGUCAGGUUUGAUGAACGCCGAUGCGUAGCAGCUGUCCAGCGGGAUAACUUGACGUAUGUCGAGAUUCUCGACUUCGGAGCCGUUCGUGAUGGUAAACCUGCAGACGAACUCGGAAAGCGUAUCCUGUUGAACGCUCCCGAAGUGCAAAGAAUCAUGGAAGAAGACAACUGAACUCGUCAGGUUGUGCGCAUAUAUUGGGUUCCGCAGCGAGGACGUGAUCCGAGAUCACAGACUCCCUUUUAACUCGUUGGAACGUGCAUUAUUGCCGGAGGAUUUGUGCCGAAGCUACUGAGCAAGCUAUUAAGCCUCAGUGCGCAUGUGGGCGACAUGGGAUUCUAAGCGAAAGCGCAAGUCAUCGCGCCAAGACGCGUUUCCAUAUCUACAUUAUUGAUUAGAGCGGUAUGUGCGCCCGAGAGAUGCCGAACAAAAUCAAGCUUCUCAUCCGGUUUAUAUUGAUAUGGGAGUUGUUUAUCAACAAGGAUGUCGCGAGCCGAAUAUUUCUAUGGUGGCAGUAAUGGCCGACUGCGAUAAUUUGCAAUGGCGAAGAGAGAAAGCAACAAGUUAUGCAUGGACAGCAUACAUUCACCAGUUGCUAUUAAUAUGUACUAAUCGAAGCUUUAGAGACCCUCCGAAUACUCGUGUUAUUCGGAUUGGAACAUCAGGUACCCAGCACUUCAGGCUGUGAAGGUAUCUCUACAUGAAGAAGUGAAUAUCAAUCAGGGAUAGGGGCGAUUAUGGGCAUCACGGCAUAGUGGCGUUCAUGUAUACCAAGACAAGCAAGCAUAUUAUGGGGCGUAAUGGUCACUUUGUAGGAGUAAGGCAGCCAAGUAGCAUAUCAAUGAUGUUAAAAAGUUUCGCUAUAUAUGAAUUAUACCCAUUACGAAGUAACUAGCUGUUUAGCGCAUCAAG